AUGAAUCAAACAUCAAGAACUGACGAGACCCUCGACCAUCCCGGAUGGAACCAAAAUCCGCCGUCGCUCAAUGCAGAGGCGACGACACGACAAGACCUCAAUGGUAUGAUCAAUUUACGAGAUCGAAGAGGCCAUCAACUACAGACGCCAGCAUUAGAAGACGCUCUAGGGCAGAUAGCCGUGAUGCCGAACCCAAAUGAAACGACACAUUCGUCUCCUCCUGCGAAGGGAACAGCCGUGGCUACCAACACUGCGCCUACUCCAGACGAGCGAAACCAACCUAGGAGCAAAUAUUCCGUGGCAGUAAUACUAGUCUCUCGUUUUUUGCGCCCUAUCGCUAAAUUUGCUUCAUUCAUUGGACCGGGAUUCUUGAUAGCUGUCGCGUAUAUCGAUCCUGGAAAUUAUUCGACAGAUGCUGCCGCUGGUGCUACUAGCAAAUAUGCCCUUCUAUUUGUCGUGCUGAUGUCCAAUGUCUUCGCCGUCUUCUUGCAGGCUCUGUGUAUCAAACUUGGAAGUGUUACAGGGCUCAGUCUGGCGGAGAAUUGUAGACUUCACCUUCCAAAAUGGUUGUCACUUCCCCUUUAUGUUCUAUCAGAAGCGGCUAUUAUCGCCACUGACAUUGCCGAGGUGAUUGGCACAGCGAUUGCGCUCAAUCUGCUGCUCAAUAUACCUCUGGUCGCAGGAUGCGUCAUUACUGUGGCCGAUGUCUUGAUUCUCUUAUUAUUUUACAGGCCAUAUGGAUCCAUGUGGGCGCUGCGAGCUUUCGAGUUUUUCGUCAUGACCCUUGUGCUCGCUGUCGUUAUAUGUUUCUGUAUCCAGCUAUCCUUGCUCAAGAUAGAAUCUGUGGGACAAGUCUUUCGAGGCUAUCUUCCAUCUUCAGCGGUCAUUAAAAGUAGUGGUCUCUAUCAAAGCUGCGGUAUACUUGGUGCAACCGUUAUGCCGCAUUCCCUUUUUUUGGGCAGCGGCUCUGUCCAACCACGGCUCAAAGAGUUCGACAUUGGAGCCGGACAUGCUGAGCCUUCUAGCGGCGGUGACGACGAUACAACAUAUCGCCCUUCGAUUCAUGCCAUUCGUGGCUGUUUGAAAUAUUCUAUCGUGGAGCUUACUCUGUGUCUAUUCACGUUUGCUUUAUUUGUGAACAGCGCCAUUCUCAUCGUUGCCGCUGCAGCUCUUUAUGGAACCCCCGGGGCUGCUGACGCGGAUCUAUUUGGCUUAUAUUCGCUUCUAUCCCAGUCCAUUGCACCGGCCGCUGGCACCAUCUUUGCAUUGGCCCUGCUACUCUCCGGUUUAUCUGCUGGAAUUAUCUGCACCAUAGCCGGACAGAUGAUCAGCGAAGGCAUGAUUCAGUGGUCUUGUAAACCAUGGAUCCGCCGACUAAUCACACGUAUCAUAAGCAUUAUCCCCAGUAUCAUCAUCGCUGCGGCCGUGGGCAGAGAUGGACUAGAUGCAGCAUUGAAUGCAUCUCAAGUGGUGCUCAGCGUCAUCCUGCCAUUCGUCGUUGCACCGCUUAUCUACUUCACCGCUCGGAAUAAAUUCAUGACCGUUGAAGACUCGGUGCAAAGCAACCCCGAUAGAGAAAAUCAUACACCAUCGCCACAGGCCGUGAAAAUGCGCAAUAGCUGGCCUGUAUCGGUCUUGGCAGUUGUGAUUUGGCUUGCAAUUACUGUCAUGGACAUCGCUAUGUUGGUUUUGAUGGGACUUGGGCUGGCCUGA